AUUGGCGACAGUAUCUAACCACACACCACCCAUUUAACUCCCACCACAUCCACAACCCUUCCCCUUGUCCUCCUUCCCCUCUUCUGCGGCCGUUUCCGGCCACAUGAUCGCUGCCAUGUCGUCGUCCAGCCUAUGCGACGUGUGCCGCGGCGCGGGCGGCGCGUGCCCCCGCUGCACCGACCUCAACCGCGCGAUCCCGACGAUGUUCAGCGAGCCGAUGCGCGGCCCCGAAGCGCUGCAUGAGUUCCAGUUCUUCGGCCACGACGACUCGGUGGCCUGGAUGUUCAACGAUCCAAAGGAUCAUGUGCCGCCGGCGGAGGAGAGCCACGCGGUGGCGGCCGCCGGAGGCUUCAAGUAUCUUGAUGGCCUGGGUGAUGCUUGUGACCCCGGCCAUGGGCUGACCUUUGACGUCUGCUUGAACACCACCAGGCCGCCGGAGCCCAUCCCGGUCUCCAUGGCGGCUUUGGCCAUGGGGCAGGCAGCGUCGGGUGCCACCAUCAUGUCCUUCUCGGGCAGCACAUUCACGGACGCUUCAAGUGGGAGCAACAAGGAGGCUCGAGAAGCUAUGGCUGCUGCAGGUCAAGGCGACCCGAGCAUGGAGAGGGAGGCCAAGAUCAUGAGGUACAAGGAGAAGCGGAAGAAACGGAGGUACGAGAAGCAGGUACGGUACGCGUCAAGGAAGGCGUACGCUGAGAUGAGGCCGAGGAUAAAGGGGCGGUUCGCCAAGACGCCGGAGACGAGCCAGCCGCCGGCGGAGCCACCUUACGAUCCUGAUAGACUUGACUUUAGAUGGUUCCACUCCUAGCUAGAGGAGGAGGAGGAGGAAGAAGAAGAAGAAGAAGAAGAAGAGCCACUGAAUCAUGCAAUAAAUAAACUUGGAUGUUGAAGCUUAAGCUCUGGGUAUUAUGAUCUGGUGUAGCAUAAUUUGAUCUUUAACUGCUGCUAUUUAUCGAG